AUGUAUGCUUCUACUUCCUUUACUUCACAACAUGUCCAUGAGUUUCUUGUAGAGUCUCACUCAAGAAGGUUACUCUUCCAAAAUCCUAUUAUUCAUCAAUCACUUAAAAUCAACUCUCCUGUUUUAGCAAAUAUCAACAAUUCAACCGACUCGUAUUUCGGAAGUACCAAAUUUGAUUCAAAUGUUGUGAUGAUAAUUGCAGUCAUAUUAUGUGUGUUUAUUUUUUCACUUGCAUUAAACUCCAUCAUAAGGUGUGCGUGCGCCUUAAGGAUUUCAAACGUAUCCAUCGACAACAUAUCUUCUUUGAGUAGCAAUUCUUCACCUCAAUCGGCUAAAAAAGGAAUCAAGAAGAAAGCUCUUAAGAAAUUCCCAAAAGUGAUUUAUUCAACUGAGUUGAAACUACCAGGUUUGGAUAGUGAGUGUGUGAUAUGUCUAUCAGAGUUCAUAAAUGGUGAAAAGGUGCGUAUUUUGCCUAAAUGCAACCAUGGUUUUCAUGUUCGUUGCAUUGACAAAUGGUUAAAGGAACACUCAUCAUGUCCCAAGUGUAGACAAUGCCUUCUUGAAACUUGUCCAAAGAUUGGUGGGUCGCAGGUGCAACCAAUUGUGUUGCCUGUGCCAGAAAUUAUUAUACAGAUACAACCACUAGAACCUGAAAUUUUGGAGCGUAACUAUAGAGAAAUAGUAUAA